AGUCGCUAUCGCCAGAGUCGGAUUCGCCGCCGCAGCCGCCGCCGCCCCCAGGAGCCGCCGGGACCCUCGCAUCGUCGCCGCUGCCGCCCAGAUCCCCGCACCAUGCCGUCGGAGAAGACCUUCAAGCAGCGCUGCACCUUCGAACAAAGAGUAGAAGAUGUCCGACUUAUUCGAGAGCAGCAUCCAACCAAAAUUCCGGUGAUAAUAGAACGAUACAAGGGUGAGAAGCAGCUUCCUGUCCUGGAUAAAACAAAGUUCCUUGUACCUGACCAUGUCAACAUGAGUGAGCUCAUCAAGAUAAUUAGAAGGCGCUUACAGCUCAAUGCUAAUCAAGCCUUCUUCCUGUUGGUGAACGGCCACAGCAUGGUCAGCGUCUCCACACCAAUCUCAGAGGUGUAUGAGAGUGAGAAGGAUGAAGAUGGAUUCCUGUACAUGGUCUAUGCCUCCCAGGAGACGUUCGGGAUGAAAUUGUCAGUGUAAAACAAGAAAAAUGCAUCUAUUCUAGAAUUUUUUAAACCCUUACCAAGGAAAAAAAAGGGAUGUUACCAACUGAGAUGGAUCAGUUCAUCUAAUCACAGAUCAUCCAACAGUAGUGUUCCCACCGAGGAGUGUUAGGAAGUUGUGUUUGUGUUUCAAGCAGAAAACUGAGCUCCAAGUGAGCACAUUCAGCUUUGGAAACUAUAUUAUUUAAUGUAGGCUAGCUUGUUUUCAGAUUUUAAAAAUUUAAAAAUAAAAUACUUUGCAUUCUAA